GCCUGUGCGUCGUUCUUUCCGUUCCGACCCUUUUCUCCCUCCGCCCCGGUGCCUUUUCUAGACUGCGGCCCACGUGUGGAUUUAAUUCGGUUUUCCACCUUAAAGUUGGCUAUAAAAGUUUGGACCAAAUGUCGUCGUCUUUCGAGCAGAUGAGGGCGAACGUGGGUAAACUCCUGCGAGGAAUCGAUAGAUACAACCCAGAAAACCUCGCAACGCUGGAGCGCUACGUCGAGACACAAGCUAAAGAAAACGCCUAUGACCUGGAGGCCAACCUGGCUGUCCUGAAGCUGUACCAGUUCAACCCAGCCUACUUCCAGACUCAAGUGACUUCACAGAUUCUGCUGAAGGCUCUGACCAACCUGCCACACACCGACUUCACUCUCUGCAAGUGCAUGAUCGACCAGACUCACCAGCAAGAGGAGCGCCCCAUCAGACAGAUCCUCUACCUGGGGAACCUGCUGGAGACGUGCCACUUCCAGAGCUUCUGGACAAGUCUUGAGGAGAACAGAGAGCUCAUUGACGGCAUUACUGGUUUCGAGGACUCAGUUCGCAAGUUCAUCUGCCACGUAGUGGGCAUCACCUACCAGACCAUCGAGCACCGGUUACUGGCUGAGAUGCUGGGAGACCCGCUGGACACGCAGGUGAAGGUUUGGAUGAAUAAGUACGGCUGGACGGAGAACGAGGAAGGACAAAUCUUUAUCUUCAACCAGGAGGAGAGCGUCAAGCCCAAGAACAUCGUGGAGAAGAUCGAUUUUGAGAGUGUAUCCAGCAUCAUGGCAACAUCUCAGUGAUGCAAACACACACACACACACACACACACACACACACACACACACACACAUACACAUCAGUCAUUAUGAUUCAACCAGGUCAUUUGUUUUCAUAAUCACUCUUUUCUCAAUAAAGGUAAUUUAUCAUUUACA